CGGCUCUGACUUCAAUUUGCACCCCACUUUAGUUUAUUAUCACACCUGUGGCGAGCGCCGACCCACCUUUACGUUUUUGAUUAAUUUCUCUUUGUACGUCUAACCUUUUAGUUUUUGAUUAAUAUCUCUUUUUAUGUCUGUUAAGAUAAGCCAUAACCAUCUUGGAAGAAGCUAAUUGUUAUUCGAUCCUAAUGGCAUCUGCUUCUUUUCCUUUUACUUCUGUUCAUCUGCAAUUUAAUUCACCAAACAAAUCGUUGUCAUCAUUACCUACAACGACGACUAGGUUGUCUACGCGUCGGGUUGUCGUCCGGCCGAUUAGAGGAUCAGUGUCGGAGAAACCAUCUAUACCAGCGCCGCCAGUGGCGGUUUCAGAGCCUGGAAAACCCAAGCUUCCGCUGAAGAAAAUUCCAGGGAAUUAUGGGGUUCCUUUUGUUGGUCCAAUCAAAGACCGACUUGACUAUUUCUACAACCAGGGUCGAGACGAGUUUUUUAAAUCAAAAAUCCAGAAAUACCAUUCAACGGUGUUUCGAACCAAUAUGCCACCGGGUCCUUUCAUCGCUCCUAACCCAAGGGUUGUCGCUUUACUUGACGGUAAGAGUUUCCCUGUUCUUUUUGAUGUGUCCAAAGUUGAAAAAAAGGACCUUUUCACCGGUACUUACAUGCCUUCAACCGACCUUACCGGUGGCUACCGAACCCUUUCAUAUCUCGACCCUUCCGAGCCCAAACACGCCAAGCUCAAACAACUUAUCUUUUUUCUCCUAAAGUCUAGCAGAGAUAAAGUGAUCCCUGGGUUUGAAGCCUCUUACACCGAGUUAUUUGAAAAGUUAGAGAAAGAACUUGCUCAGAAAGGCAAAAGCAGUUUUCAGACAGCUAAUGAUCAAGCUGCGUUUAACUUCUUGGCUCGGGCUUUCUUUGGUUCAAACCCGCCUAAUACUAAACUAGGAGUUGAUGGUCCAAGCUUGAUUAGUAAAUGGGUAGUUUUUCAACUCGGUCCUGUUCUCUCUCUUGGUCUCCCAAAGUUUGUUCAAGAACUCCUAAUCCAUACUUUUCCUCUUCCGCCGGUUCUUGUUAAAAAAGAUUACCAGAGACUCUACGAUUUUUUCUACGAGUCAUCUGGUUUCGUUCAAGAUGAAGCUGAGAAAUUGGGUAUCUCACGAGAAGAAGCUUGUCAUAAUCUGUUAUUCGCCACAUGCUUUAAUUCUUUAGGUGGCAUGAAAAUUUUCUUCCCCAACAUGCUUAAAUGGAUUGGCAGAGCUGGAGUCAAACUACAUACUGAAUUAGCACAGGAGAUCAGAUCAGCCAUCAGAUCCAACGGUGGGGAACUCACCAUGGCUGCCAUGGAACAGAUGCCAUUGAUGAAAUCUGUUGUAUACGAAGGGCUCCGGAUCGAACCUCCCGUCCCGUUACAGUACGGGAAAGCAAAGAAAGAUCUAUUGAUCGAGAGCCACGACGCCGUUUUCGAAGUGAAAGAAGGGGAGAUGUUGUUCGGGUUCCAACCUUUUGCAACCAAAGACCCGAAAAUAUUCGAGAGAUCUGAGGAGUUUGUCCCUGACAGGUUCAUGGGUGAUAAUGAGGAGAGGCUGUUAAAGCACGUGCUUUGGUCGAAUGGACCCGAGACUGAGCAACCAACGUUAGGUAACAAACAGUGUGCCGGAAAGGAUUUCGUGGUGCUGGUGUCUAGGCUUUUCGUGGUGGAACUGUUCAGGCGUUACGAUUCGUUUGAUAUCGAAGUCGGUAAAUCAGCUUUGGGGGCUGCCGUUACGGUGACAUCGUUGAAGAGAGCAAGUUUUUAGAUAAAUUUUUAGGUUUGUCAAUGAUUAACUUGGCAAGUCAUUAAUGUAAUAUGUUAUCAUAAGGAAAUUAGACAUAUUUUAGGUAAAUUUGUUAUGGUGCAUUUAGUUUUGGUAAAUUUACCUCCUUUUAUUUCUUGCAAUGCCAUAUGACUUUUGUUUAAUAUAAAUAAAAUUAUCAUAAAUUAAAUUUUUAUCCA